AUGCACAGCAGCUAUGGGAUGAUGCAGUGGCCAGGUGACAGGUCUGGGAGGAGACCCUCGAGGAAGCAGGCUCCCAAAGCCCAGGGUGCGCCAGGCAAGCGUGGAGCACCUCCUGGCAGGAAGGAGCGGGCUGGUGGAAGCCCAAGGCCGGGGUCCCCACGGAGUAAGCAGGCCGAGCGCAGGAGACCCCGAGAGGAGCUGAGGAAACCUGAGCGAAGCACGGCAGAGAGGACCUCCGAGGGGAGGAGGAAGAGGGAUGGGAGGGCUUCCUUCAAGGAGCAGAGGGCACCCCCAAAGAAGGAAAAGGAGAUGCCGAGGAAGGAGGAGAUGUGGAAGCCGCUGAAGAAACACAGAUCGUCCUCCUUGGCCUCCAGCACCUCUGUUGGGGAGUCUUUGUCUGAGGAGGAGCUGGCCCAGAUCCUGGAGCAGGUGGAAGACAAGAAGAAGCUCAUUGCCACCAUGAGGAACAAGCCCUGGCCCAUGGCAAAGAAGCUGACCGAGCUCAGGGAGGCCCAAGAAUUUGUGGAGAAGUAUGAAGGAGCCUUGGGAAAGGGGAAAGGCAAGAGACUCUACGCCUGUAAGAUGCUGAUGGCUAAGAAAUGGGUCAAGUUUAAGAGAGACUUUCAUAAUUUCAAGACUCAAUGUAUUCCCUGGGAAAUGAAGAUCAAGGACAUCGAAAGUCAUUUUGGUUCUUCAGUGGCAUCAUAUUUCAUCUUUCUCCGAUGGAUGUAUGGGGUUAACCUCGUCCUUUUUGGCUUAAUAUUUGGUCUCAUCAUAAUCCCAGAGGUACUCAUGGGCACACCCUAUGGAAGUAUACCCAGAAAGACAGUACCUCGGGCUGAGGAAGAAAAAGCCAUGGAUUUUUCUGUCCUUUGGGAUUUUGAGGGCUACAUCAAGUACUCUCCUCUCUUCUAUGGCUACUACAACAACCAGAGGACCAUCGGGUGGCUGAGGUACAGGCUGCCCAUGGCUUACUUCAUGGUGGGGGUCAGCGUGUUCGGCUAUAGCCUGAUGAUUGUCAUUAGAUCGAUGGCCAGCAACACCCAGGGCAGCACGAGCGAGGGGGAGAGCGAUAACUUUACAUUCAGCUUCAAGAUGUUCACCAGCUGGGACUACCUGAUCGGGAACUCAGAGACAGCUGACAACAAAUAUGCCUCCAUCACCACCAGCUUCAAGGAAUCAAUAGUGGAUGAACAAGAGAGUAACAAAGAAGAAAAUAUCCACCUGACGAGAUUUCUCCGUGUCCUGGCCAACUUUCUCAUCAUCUGCUGUUUAUGUGGGAGCGGGUACCUCAUUUACUUUGUGGUGAAGCGAUCCCAGGAAUUCUCCAAAAGGCAGAAUGUCAGCUGGUACGAAAGGAAUGAGGUAGAGAUCGUGAUGUCCCUGCUUGGGAUGUUUUGUCCCCCUCUGUUCGAAACCAUUGCUGCCCUGGAGAAUUACCACCCGCGCAUUGGCCUGAAGUGGCAGCUGGGACGCAUCUUUGCACUCUUCCUGGGGAACCUCUACACGUUUCUCUUGGCCCUGAUGGAUGAUGUCCACCUCAAGCUUUCUAAUGAAGAGACAAUAAAGAACCUCACGCACUGGACCCUGUUUAACUAUUACAACUCCUCAGGUUGGAAUGAGAGUGUCCCCCGGCUGCCCCUGCACCCUGCAGAUGUGCCCCGGGGUUUGUGCUGGGAGACCGCCGUGGGCAUUGAAUUCAUGAGGCUGACGGUGUCUGACAUGCUGGUAACGUACAUCACCAUCCUGGUGGGGGACUUCCUGCGGGCUUGUUUUGUCCGGUUCAUGAACUACUGCUGGUGCUGGGACCUGGAGGCUGGAUUUCCCUCAUAUGCUGAAUUUGAUAUUAGUGGCAACGUGCUUGGUUUGAUCUUCAACCAAGGAAUGAUCUGGAUGGGCUCCUUCUAUGCCCCGGGUCUGGUGGGCAUCAACGUGCUGCGCCUGCUGACCUCCAUGUACUUCCAGUGCUGGGCAGUGAUGAGCAGCAAUGUCCCCCACGAACGCGUGUUCAAAGCCUCCAGAUCCAACAACUUCUACAUGGGCCUCCUGCUGCUGGUGCUCUUCCUCAGCCUCCUGCCCGUGGCCUACACCAUCAUGUCCCUCCCACCCUCCUUUGAUUGCGGGCCAUUCAGUGGGAAAAACAGAAUGUAUGACGUCAUCCAAGAGACAAUUGAAAACGACUUCCCAACCUUCCUGGGCAAGAUCUUCGCUUUCCUCGCCAAUCCAGGCCUGAUCAUUCCAGCCAUCCUCCUGAUGUCCCUGGCCAUCUACUACCUGAACUCAGUUUCCAAAAGCCUUUCCCGAGCUAACGCCCAGCUGAGGAAGAAAAUCCAAGCGCUGCGAGAACUUGAGAAGAACCAUAAAUCUGUCAAAGGCAGAGCCACAGCGAGAGGUUCAGAGGACACGGCUAAAGGCAGCCCCCAAAAUGCCACCCAGCUCCAGCUCACCAAAGAAGGGGCCACACCUCACUCUGCCAGCCAAAGCCAGACCCUGGACAAGAAGACACAGGGCGCUGGGACCUCCAGUUCUGCUAGUGAGACCGUGCUGCCUGCCUCCCAGCAUCUCCCUGUAUCUCAGCCCCCUGACGUCAGACCAGAUUCUGGCCGUGGCCGGCCUCAUACUCAUCCUUGGAAGUCAGCCUCUGGAAAGAGUGCUGGGAGACCUCCCCACUGA